AUGAGUCACUCCCAGGAAGCCAUGGACGAUAGCUUUCUAAUGACCAACAUGUCGCCGCAAGUCGGUGUUGGCUUCAACCGUGGCUAUUGGUCACGUCUUGAGGGCUUCAUGCGUCAUCUAGCUGGACAAUACGACGCACUUUACGUCAUCACAGGGCCACUUUUUCUUCCUAAGAAAAACAAGAAAACGGGAGAGUACGAGGUGUCAUACCCUGUGAUUGGCAACCCACCGGAUGCCAUCGCUGUUCCGACGCAUUUCUUUAAGGUGGUGCUUGGGGAAAAGCGAGGUGGAAACGGUUUUGCUACGGCUGGAUUUAUUUUGCCGAACAGAGCCAUCCCGGAGAACAAGAAUCUACGGGACUUUCAGGCUCCGCUAGAAAUCAUCGAGAAGCAGGCCGGACUUCUCUUCUUCGACAAGCUGGAAGGUGUUGAGAAGGUAGACCUGUGUAGCGAAACCAAGUGCGGACUUGCUGCAGCUUACCGCAGAGCUUCGUCUAUCGAGUCGAAGUGA